UGCAGUGUAGCACCUUCACAAAGUCCAAAGUCUAAGAGAUUACAAACUCCUUCACAAGGCAAAUACUUUUUGUUCCAGUGCACAAGCGAAUUGUUUUCAUUUCUAAAAAAGUGCUUUGUUUGGGUUUUUUUCUCAUUAUACUACAUUCCUUAUUUCUCUGCUGUCCAAUGUUUUCCUCUACCUUCAACCACUCCCCUCGGCUCUCUCCAAGCUCUCCAGUGCGCUUACGGGAUGUACCUUCAGGUCCAAAGGCGCUCAUGAGCACGUAUGUUGAAUGUAAUAUUGUAUUGCAGGAGCUCAGUUCUUGUGUAUGAGAAUGAGAAGUCGAGGUGUCGCAAAAGCAGCGUGCUUCUUGAGCACUUCUGCACUUUUGAUGUACGUCCUGCUUUUUUCGACGAUCUUCUCCAGAAAUCCGUCUCCAAACCUCCUUCCCAGGCUGGAGAGAGAAAAUGAACACACCAUCCUGGACAAGCUCGAGGGGAUUGAGCGUCAGAUUAACCAACUCGCUAAAAAUUUAGAGCUGAACAUUCAGAAAGUCUCACAAUUUGGCGAAAAGCGUCCGACGGUGACUCAGAAGCAGCGAGAGGUCAGAAAGUUGUUCCCAGACUCGGAGCUGUUCAGAACGUGGGGUGACGAUCUGUCUGAGGACGAGCAGAAGCAAGCCGAGAACUUAUUUCAGCUUUAUGGCUACAACGUGUUUCUCAGUGACCGACUUCCUCUGAACAGGACACUACCGGACACUCGAGACCACCGGUGUGCUUCAAAGGUGUAUCCGGAGCAGCUCCCGUCACUCAGCGUUGUUCUGAUCUAUCUGAACGAGGCUCUGUCGAUUUUAAAGCGAGCCAUACACAGCAUCGUCCACAGAACACCUGCUCACCUGCUCAAGGAGAUCAUUCUGGUGGACGAUCGUAGCACGAACGAGGACCUGAAGGAAAAACUUGGUGAGUUUAUUGACCAAAUGAAUCAACAGAGGCCUGGAUUACUCAAAAAAGUGAAGCACAAACAGCGACUGGGUCUGUCGCAAGCUCGUAUUUCGGGAUGGAAAGCAGCUGUCGGUGAUGUGGUGGCCAUUUUGGAUGCUCACAUCGAGGUGCAUAAGCAUUGGGCAGAACCGCUGCUGGCCAGAAUCCAAGAAGACAGGACGGUGGUGCUGUCUCCGGUGUUUGACCGGGUGGAUUUCAACACACUUAAAUUGACUCCAUACGAAACAAGCGCCCAUGCCUUCGACUGGCAGAUGUGGUGCAUGUACGAGUCCUUCAGGCCAGAGUGGUACAAACUCAAUGAUGAGUCCAUGCCUGGGAAGAGUCCUUCCGUCAUGGGGAUUUUUGUAGCCGAUCGAGUCUUCUUGGGAGAAAUUGGAGGGUUAGACAAAGGGAUGGAAAUUUACGGAGGCGAGAACGUCGAGCUCGGAAUACGAGUUUGGCUGUGUGGGGGAAGCGUCGAAAUCAUCCCUUGCUCUAAGAUCGCUCACAUAGAGCGAGCGCAUAAGCCCUACGCUCCAGAUCUAGCCGAGCCCAUGAGAAGAAACGCGAUAAGGGUGGCUGAAAUCUGGAUGGAUGAAUACAAGAGAAACGUUCUUGUCAGCUGGAAUCUUUCACAGAAGAAUCAUGGAAUUGAUAUCGGAGACGUGACGGAACGAAAGAAACUGAGAGACCAACUUAAAUGUAAGCCCUUCAGCUGGUAUCUGAAGAACGUCUAUCCUGAAUUAGACACCUGGGAUGAUCUACUCGGCUACGGCGCAAUACAGACAGAAUUUAUAGAAAAUCACUGCCUUGAUCAAGGUCCUGUUCCUGGCAGCGUCCCUGUCAUUUAUCCGUGCCAUUUUCUUAACCCUCAGUACUGCUACUAUAGGAGUAGUGGGGAACUCUACAUCGGAGGCAUCACCUCUCACAAGUACAAUAAUAACCGCUGUCUGGUGGAUCCUGGUGAGGGAAACACACCUUCGCUGCAUAACUGUAAAAUAUCCAAGGAGAAAGGAUUCCAUAUGUACUGGGACUUUAAACAGGGUCAUGCAAUAAAAAACAAAAACACCAACAGAUGUCUCGAGAUUGCUCAAGGAGAGGAUUCGUGGUACCACCUUGUCAUUCAGGCCUGCAGCGGGCAAAAAUGGAGGAUACAAUACGUCAUCAAAGAAUUUUAACUACCUUAUGACACCUGGGUUUAAAUGACAACCAAAGGAAAUGAGACAUAUGGAAAAUUUGGGCAUCGAUGAACUCUAGAGUAAUGAAGCGAAGAUUGACUUUCAGCACGGGUGGAACAUUCAAACUGGAAAGGCAAACACAAAUGCCAUUAGUACAUCGCUGCUAGGCAACCAGGACAUGUGCCGAUGGAACUAGCUAAAUACUAAAGUUAAUGAUUUAGCUACUGUGUGUGUGUGUGUGUGUGUGUGUGUGUGUGUGUGUGUGUGUGUGUGUGUGUGUGUGUGUGUGUGUUAAGCCUUUUUCCAGAAGGUGUAAACACAUAGUGACUGUGGAAACAGUCAGGAAGUCAGGAAUAUCAACAUUUACCUCAGGUGUGUGGGUACAUUUUGAGGAAAUGACCCUGUACAUCUAAAAUUACACUGUAAUGAACUUAGCAUCAACUGAAGACUGAGCUUUCAAGGGCUCACCCUUAUUGAGGAACGUAAACAAGGCAUCACAAUUGGUGAAAACCUGUCAGAAUCUUGUGAUGCCCAAAACAUAAGUAGAAUUGCUCGUUCCUGUGGGAACUCUGUAUAAACCUGUUGAACGAUUGGCUCUUUUGAAACCGAGAAUAAUACCAACAUCUGGAUACAGUUGUCUGUGGGGGGGGGUUCACCUUUAUGAUUUGUAUAUAUAUUUCAAAAAAAAGUUUUUUAUCUUGGUGAGCUAAAAAUAUAUACGAUGGAUGAUGUGAAUCUGAUCUCACAGCGCCACCCGCUGUUCAUGGAGGACUCAGUUUGAAGACAUCUAAAAACCUUAAUUUUUGUGAUUUUAUUUUUUUUUCCCAGGAGGAAUCAUCCAAAUGUCAGAAACAUUUGCCUGUAAGAAAAUUGAGUAGAAACGUUUACUACAAUCCCACAGAUGACUUUAGUCUCUAGUAUAAUAACGACUAUCUAUCGUUGUUGUUUUGCCAAAGAGAUGCAUCUCAGUUUUUUAUUUAUUUUUUAAUCUAAGAGAAAAAAAGCAUCUAGAAGGGUAAAAGUAACAUUUUAUAAUCAGUUAAACAAUUUCAGAUCAUCAGUGAAGGUUUUUUUAUCUCAUGUAAAACUGUAUUAUAAAAGUUUUUGAUUUUGAUUCCCAAAAGUGUCUUACAGUCCAAAAAUAAAGACACUUUUAUCAAAAUAUCUUCACUAUAGUCAAAUGUGUAUAGGAUUUCCUAUUUUAAUAUAUUGAUAAACCAAAUAUAUGAUUCUUAAACCUACUUUUUUAGACAUUUGAAGCCAUUUUAUUUGAUUGACAUAUAUUGCAUCUGAGAAAUCGGCAUCAAAUGAUCUGAAAAUAUUACGUUUGAAAUCAUAAAAGAUGUCUGAAUCGAUUUAAUAUGUAAUAAUCCCACACUGAAAGAAUGACUCACAAUUGCACACAUUUUUUAUUUUUCUGAGCUUAAAAAGAAUCUUUUGCUGCUACUCCUUUUAUCUUAUGCCUUGGAAGAAAGUUUAAGGCACUUGUGGGGAAAAACAUGCUUUCAAAAAUAAAACAGUUUAUUUUUUUAUUGAUGAACACAAAAAUGGAGAGUAAAUAUACCGAAUAAAAUCUAAUUUAAAUCA